AUGGGUUCAGCAGGUCUGGCUUCUGCAGGGCAUGGAUUUGUCCCACCCUCUCCUCCAGAGGUUACCAGCUUUCAGCUGCAUGGAUGUUGUAUCCAGGAUUUUUCACCACUUGAUUUAUAUCUCUUUUUAGAACAGACCCUACCUGCUGAAGUACCACUCCAGCCCUGCUUUGGAAAGAAGGCAGGACCUCCUCGACCCAAUGGCCCUCCAGGACCUCCAGGACCUCCAGGACCUCAGGGACCACCAGGGAUUCCAGGUAUCCCUGGGAUUCCAGGAACAACUGUAAUGGGACCACCUGGUCCUCCAGGUCCUCCUGGUCCUCAAGGACCACCUGGACUUCAGGGACCUUCUGGUGCUGCUGAUAAAUCUGGAACUAGAGUAAACCAGCCAGCUGUGGUGCAUCUACAGGGUCAGGGGUCAGCAAUUCAAGUCAAGAAUGAUCUUUCAGGUGGAGUUCUCAAUGACUGGUCUCGCAUCAUUAUGAACCCCAAAGUGUUUAAGCUGCAUCCCCGAAGUGGGGAGCUGGAGGUACUGGUGGACGGCACCUACUUCAUCUAUAGUCAGGUCUACUACAUCAACUUUACUGACUUUGCCAGUUAUGAGGUGGUGGUGGAUGAGAAGCCCUUCCUACAGUGUACCCGCAGCAUUGAGACAGGCAAGACCAACUACAACACUUGUUAUACUGCCGGUGUCUGCCUCCUCAAAGCCCGGCAGAAGAUUGCUGUGAAGAUGGUACAUGCUGACAUCUCAAUCAAUAUGAGCAAACAUACCACCUUCUUUGGGGCCAUCAGGCUGGGUGAGGCCCCUGCAUCAUAGAUUUCCCAUUGUGCCUCUGACUAUGCACAUGCCACUCAUUUUAGGAGCUAGAACUUCCAGAAUAUUAAAGUGCUGCUGUGAAGGAGGCACAUUGGUAUUGCAACUACAGGGAGAAA